AUGGUGUGCAGCAUCGAGGAUUCCUCUUCGCAUGAGCGUGUGCACUACGCUGAGGUGGUGCUAGACGAUAAGGUCACGGCGUCAUCGCUACAAGAGCCCAAGCGUCUCCCCAGUGGUGUGACGGUCGUGGACAUGCGCAACAGUGGACUUUCCGAGGCGAACCAGGUCUCGGAGCAGGAAUCCAACAAGAAGAGCGUGUGGCUGCUGGCUUACUGCUGCAUCGGCAUCAUGGUAUCGUUCACGCUUAAUGGCGUGGUGCUGGAGAAGAUCACGACGCACCGCGUGCUGGGCGAGCUGUCCAUGACCUUCGUCUUCUGCGUGUUCAACUCGGUCGUAGCCAUUGGGCUGAGUCGCGCGCGCAAGGAAAAGCCGUCGACAAUGCCUCAGAGCUUCUUGGCGAUUGUAGGUGCGCUGGCGUUCGGCUCGACAAUCGCGUCGAUGGUGGCGCUGCGGUAUGUGACGUACAUCACGCGUAUUCUGGGCAAGUCGUGCAAGUCCAUUCCGGUCAUGAUCAUGGGCGUACUGCUCGGCAAAAAAUACGCCUUCAAGAAGUACGUGUCGGUUAUUGUGCUGUGUAUCGGCGUGGCGAUAUUUCUGCUGGGUACGGCGCAUGAGAAGCAGCAUCACUCUGUGCAGCACAACGAGAGCCACAACAGUCUACCGGAGCAGGAGCGCACACCCAAUAUGGUGCUGGGCUUCUCGCUUCUGGUUGUAUCUCUCGUGUUCGACGGAGCUACCGGUGCGCUGGAGGAUAAAUUUAUGGAGGCCUACCACGUUGGUGCCUUCGAUCUUAUGUAUUACGUCAACAUUUACAAGGCCUUGUUCUCGGCUGUAGGCAUGGUGGUGAAUGGUGAAGUACCGGUAUUUCUGCAGUAUGUGGUGCCGUCGCUGCCGAACCUCCUGAUGCUGAGCCUGACCGGAGCCUUUGGUCAGGCCUUCAUCUUCUUCACCAUCAGCAAGUUCGGUGCUUUGACCACGGCUAUCAUCGGAACGUGCCGCAAGGUGUUGAGUAUCGUGCUCUCGGUUUUCUUGUUCGGUCACGUGCUGUCUUUUGAGCAAAGUGUGGGUCUGGGUCUGUCUUUUGCCGGUAUCGGUCUCAACUGGGUCAAUGUGAAGAACUGCUUCGUCAAGUCUUCGCCUGCUCCGACUGCGGCGGCCGAGGCCAACGAGCUGGACGAGCUGGCCAAGGAAGGGCUUCUGGAAAGCAGCAGCGAUGACACUGCUGACUCCGAGUCGGACGAUCAGGAUGUGACGAUUUCUACUCACGAUGACGACGAUGAGGCCAUGGAUACCGAGACAGCACGCAAGCUGGAGCUGGUCAACGCCUGGCACCGCCAGACUGCUCGUGAGGCCGAAGCAUCGUCGAGUGACGAUGACGCUCAUGAGUCCAACGAUGUGGCCGCCCAAGUUGUGUAA